UUUCCCAAACUGCAAGGAUGUAGAUGUCAUAAACUCUAACCAUACUUGAACGUCACUUCUUCUCAGGUCGCAGCUCACAACAAACGAUCACAAACCCAGAAUCUCACAGACACUGAAUUCGGAGUCAAGCCAAUUCCGUAAUCAUGGCCAGCUCAUUGCGAUUGUAUCUGGCGUGCAUUCGCAACACGCUUGAUGCCGCCAUGUGUUUGCAGAACUUUCCUUGUCAAGAAGUUGAAAGACAUAAUAAGCCAGAGGUUGAGUUAAAGACCAGCCCUGAACUUCUACUGAAUCCUAUUUUGAUAUGUCGAAAUGAAGCUGAAAAAUGUUUAAUUGAAACAUCUAUCAACUCACUUCGCAUAAGCCUGAAGGUAAAGCAGGCAGAUGAACUUGAAAACAUACUAACUAAAAAGUUUCUCAGAUUUUUGUCAAUGAGGGCAGAAGCAUUUCAAGUGUUGAGGAGAAAGCCAGUACAGGGUUAUGACAUCAGCUUUCUCAUCACAAACUAUCAUUGUGAAGAGAUGCAGAAACACAAGCUUAUAGAUUUUAUUGUGCAGUUCAUGGAGGACAUUGAUAAAGAGAUAAGUGAAUUGAAAAUGUCGGUUAACACAAGAGGAAGGCUGGUGGCUACCGAGUUUCUGAAGCAAUUCGUUUGAAGAUUAGAAAUCUCUGUGGUUUGGCUCUCUGAUUUUAGGUCGCUGACCAUUGUAUGAAUCAAGUUUGUCAAUUAUAUUCAUUACCUUUCAAGAUGUAUCUCUUCACUGUUUAUGUACUUUCAGGAUCUUUGUAAAUGUAUGAAGCGGUUGAAGAUGAA